AUGGGUGAUGGGAAAUUAUUAAUGGUGAUAGACUGCGAUGCUGGCAUUGACGAUGCACAGGCAAUUAUGAUUGCUUUGUCACAGCCUCAUGUGAAAAUAUUAGCAAUAACAUGCGUGCUGGGAAAUAUCAGCAGUACAAAUCAAGUGUGCCUUAAUGUUCUACGAAUAUUGAAAGUCUGCGGUAAACUUGGCAAGAUACCGGUUCAUCGGGGUGCUGAAAAAUACAUCCUUCCGCGACACUCUGCUUUUGACUCAACUGGUGUUCAUGGUGAUGAUGGCUUGGGAGACACUCCAGACCCAAAUGCCCCGGAUGACAGCCAUAUCGAGUCCAAGCACGGCGUGAAUGCAUUAAUAGACUUAGUCAGACAACAUCCUGGCCAAUUAACGCUUGUUGCACUGGGUCCAUUAACAAACUUGGCACUCGCAGCUAGAUUGGACUCAGAAUUCUCGAAAAAUAUCAAAGAGCUCAUUUUAAUGGGAGGCAAUACUGCAGGGAGAGGUAAUAUAACGAUUUCUGCCGAGUUCAACUUUUAUGCAGAUCCCGAAGCUGCUCAGAUUGUACUAAAUGACUUCGAUUGUCCAGUCUAUAUAAAUGGUUGGGAGUUAUCAAUUAAGAGCGCUAUUGAAUGGACAUGGUAUAAACAAUAUUUAGAAACCAAGACAAGGAAAGCAGAGUUCUUGAAAAUAAUUACCCGGAAACGUAUACACGAUUAUGAAUUCAAGUUGGAAUCAUUUAUUUUCCAGAGUAAAGAUCUGUUUUUAAAUUAUGGUUGGAAUGUGCCUGAUGCGGUUGCAAUGAUGGUGGCGAUAGAUAGAAGGGCAAUACUGGAGAUGGAACAGCGCCAUGCCACGGUAGAACUCAAUGGUACAUACAGCAGAGGCCAGAUGGUAGUGGAUUGGGCCGACCAUCUACCGAACAGAAAGAUAUCUACCAUAGUGACCAAAAUAGACAUGGGAAUACUUAUGGCAAUGAUGUCAAAGUCUAUUGAAUAA